ACACCAUGCACUGACGCACUGAAAACAGAGGAAAUGAGCUGAGCAUAAACUCGACACAUGAGAGCAGCUCAUUUAGUUGACAUUUAUUACGUAUCGGUUCCCUGUGUGUAUACAUUCAAAUAAUUGAACUGAGCUUUCCUGAGACAUUUGAGAAGAAGGGAAGAGAGACGUUAUGGGGGCAUCUUCCUCUGGUUUGUUGGAUGAGGCCAAAAUCGCCAACAUCAAAGUGCUUGUCGACAGUAAGUUUCAGAGCUUCAGUGCAUUUUACCGUCAGCAGCAUUCUGCAGCAUAUUUUGAACACUUACACCAAGAAGUUGAACCAAAGAAAGAGGGGAGAGGCCUACUGCUUACACAAGGGCCUCAGUAUACUUCAGAGGAAGUGCUGUACCAAGGGUGCAUGCACUUCUCUUGCUGGGAUGAGCAGGGAAAGAAAUGCAGAGAGAGAUAUGUCGUCCUAAAACGGGACUACAAAGUGGAGAUACAUGAAAACAUGGAGACUUUCAGUCGUGGAUGUGCAGCUAAAUUGGUCCUCCAGACAGCAGGGGGCAGUGUGUUCACCACAGAACAAGACUCCAGAGCUCACCUGGAGGAAACCUGUGCUGCAGUACUCAGUGAAACAAAGGAGGAUUCUUCUUCAGCGGUGUCGCCUUCUAAUACAUUUGCUGUGUAUCUCCACCUGCCUUACAUGGGCCACACUUACUUCCUUUUCCAAAAGGAAGAGGAGCAAGAUCACUUCCUGUCAGCCCUCAAGACCUGCAUUAGACACUGCAAUCUUGACCCAUGGUGUGAUUCAUCCUAUGAAAGUCAGGCGUUCGUCCGAGCUCUCCGACUCUACCGACAGGACAUGGGAUGCUAUGAAAGCUGGGAAAUGCUGCUGGGCACUGAAGAAAAAGUGCUGGCCUCCCAGGUGAUGGAGGAAGUGUUACCGUGGUUACAGAGUCAGCUUCAAUCAAAAGUGAAGGGCAAGAGGACUGAAAGGAUACGGCAGUGGUUGGCAAUGGUGCAGGCAACUUACAGUGUGGUGCUGGAACAACUCACUACAAGUCUGCAGGCCCUGAGGGAGGAGUGUCGUCAGACAGCAUCGGCCAAUCAAGCACUAAUCAGAUCCAGCCUGGACCAGAUAAUGUCCUCUCACUGCUUCCUGGAGGACAAAGUCAGAGCAUGUAUAUGCGAAGAAGCAGAGAAGGUGUGCAGUGAGUCUGUAGCACCUUACCUGUCCUCCGUCCUUGAGGCACUCACAGAAAACAUAAGUGCAGGGAUUCAGGAGAUGCAACGCACACUGCACACACAGAUGGACUCAGCCUUCACACACACAAAUGGAGGAACAGGAGAGACAAAGAAGACCUUGUCCACUCUGCAUUCCAUCAGUCUGGAUCAGUGCUACAGGCAGGUGGAGAAUCUGAUAGAGAAACUUGAAGGCUUAAAACAGCGGUUUGGAUUGAGAAGCACUCAGAGACUGGUUCACUCUGCACAUCUGGAGAUGGAGAAGCUACUGGACAGUGCUGUGUACACCUUAGAGCUGUUCCUCCAAUCAUCAGCCCGACUGCAGCCCUCUCAGGUUCCUGUCAAAAUGGAAAGAGCUAAAGAGAGAGUCAUGAAGCAGCUGGACUAUGACAGCAGAGUUAUCCAGAGGAGGCUCUAUCAGGAAGCUUUACUGGAUAUCACUCUGCCUGUUCUCACCAAGAAGAUGGACAGCAAGUGGAAAACCGAACUGCACCAGUUUGAGCAAUACAUUUUCUCAGACUUCAGCAGUUUUAUCCUGGUGCAUAAUGUCUAUGACGAUAUACUGAGAAACAUCCUCAGUAAGGAGAUAGAAACAGUGGUCCAGGAUGCUGCCAGUAAGAGGAGCAACAAUCUCUUAUUGGACACUUCUGAUCUGGCCAUUAGUCAGUACAGUUUGAUGGGGCAGACACCUCCUCGCUCUACACCAGGCAGCCCAGCCAUUCACCCUCGGGACUCCUCCACGGCAGCACCCAGAGAAGAACCUGAUCCUGUGGUGGUGGAGCAAGGUCAGCCUGUCCCAGAACUUAAUGCUGAUGCAACAUCUGAACCCAGUGGCACUCAAAACUGUGAACAGAGCGAAGUGCUUCUGUCUCCUGUGAUUGUCAUAACACAACAGUGUGAUGAAUCCUCCACAAAGGAAACUUCUUGCUUUGAGGACACCCAAGAGGUUCAGCUUGAAAAUAUUGCACCAUUAACUACAACUGAAUCUUCCAACUCACCUGAUUCUGAUGCAGAACAUGAAGUUGGUACACCUGAUGCGCCUGCUACCAGAGAACCCACCAAUCCUAUCCAAGACUCUUCUGACAGUUCAGUGGUCACUUUGUCCUCGUCGCAGCCCACCGAUGUUCCAGCUGAACACACUCACAGUGAUCAAUCAGCAGUGCCUGAAAAUUCUGUCACACCUGCACCCUCAAACUCAGAUCAAAAUACAGAAGACGCAACUCCUGUCCAGGAUCUCUGCAACUCAUCGCCGCACUCACCCUGUACAGACAGUCCAAUGAAAAUCAGCCUUGCGUUACUAAGCGAGGCCGUUGGUUGCAACUCCACAGCACCUGCUGUAGUGCAGGCGACGGCGCAGCAGACUACUGACAGAGCUGUCUACCUGACAGGGGAAAUGAAAGACAACUGGGAGCUGGAGAGAAUAAAAGAGGAGAAACCGAAAGAGGUAUAUGAGGGAGUCAAAGAGGGGAAAGAAGAGACAGAGACAGGUGAGGGGAAAGAAGAGAAGAUAGAGGAGGAAACAAAAGAUGAAAGUGUCGAUGAAAGCUGCCAGUUCUCUGAACCUCCAACAGAGAGCGCCACCUCUUGGCAGAGAGAAAGUGAGGAGAGAGACAAUGAUGAAGGAGAAGUUAGCGAGCUUGAGACUGAGAAAAGAAAUGAAGAAAGGAAAGAUGCAGAGGGCAGAGGAGAUGAUGCAGAAGAAGGUGGAAAGAAAGAAAAAGAGGAGGAGGAAGUUUUUCAAAGCCUUCAGCCAAUGGAAUCACAACCAAAGUGUGCUGCUGAGCUGCCAUUGGACAGUGUGGCUAUUAUCAGAGAGCUUGUGACUGAGAUCACUGAGGUGGAGACAGUGAUGUACCCCUGUCCCAGCAGCAGCCACACACCCUGACACACUCAUUACCAUGACAACUUGCUGUCGAGAGCUCUCGGACACAUCUACUUCACAGGUCCUUAUGAAACGGUACAGAGAAAGAUGAGUGCAAGUGCAGAAGGAAAGUUAAAUCAUAUUCUAA